ACACUCGUACAACGUGCUAAUGUGGUAAUCGUCGGCGGGCCGUUGAAGAUGCCGCCGCGAUGCUGUUGCCGGACGAGACGUACGAGAAGCGCGCGGUCGCCGCGGGACACCUGCUCGCCGUGCUGCGGGCGUAUGACGAUUUUCUCGCCCGGCAUCGCAUACGGCCGGAGUUUUUCUGUCGAUAUCGCGAAAAGGAAGCUCUGCAAAAGCGACUCGGGCAGGUCAUAGAAGCCGCCUCCAGGUCGCACUUCGACGCCAACAGCGCCGGCAACAGCUCCUCGAGCCGCAGUCGCAGCCGCAGCGGUAAUUCCACGUCCAAUUCGCCCGAUGCAUCUUCGUCUAAUGAAGCGGUGCACUUGCAGCAGAGACUGCGUAGUCUCAGUACCGAAUUGGUCACACUACGUAAUCGGCUGCAUGUUCAAGGUACGCCGGCACCGAUAAAGAAUGCUGGGACGGCGGUACCAUGUCCUACGCCGGCCCCAACACCGCAGCCUGUGGUGCCACCCAAAGUGGCACCAUGCGCCGUUACUGCGGCCACAUUGAAAACCGAGUCAAAGACUUCCAGCACUACUGCUGUUACCCCUUCUGGUGGUGCUAAUCUUGAAGAUCUGAUUCAUCUCGAAGGACCUCUGACUGAGGAUGCAGUCAUGAAAUGUCUGCAGACUCGUUUUAGGGCUUCCAAUUUUUAUACAAAUGUUGGUCCAAUUCUACUUUGCGUUAAUCCCUAUCGAGAUGUGGGUAAUCCACUGACUUUGAGUAGCACUCGAGGUUUACCUCUUAGCAACCAACUGAACAAAGUUGUCCAGGAAGCAGUACGUCAACAAUCUGAGACUGGUUAUCCACAAGCUAUCAUUCUAUCGGGUACUAGUGGUUCCGGGAAAAGUCAUGCCUCCAUGUUAUUGCUCCGUCAACUGUUUGCCGUUGCUGGUGGCGGGCCAGAAACCGACGCAUUCAAACACCUCGCAGCAGCGUUUACCGUACUCCGAUCGCUUGGAUCCGCCAAAACAGCUACCAAUUCAGAAUCCAGCCGUAUUGGACAAUUCAUCGAAGUGCAGGUCACCGAUGGAGCUUUGUAUCGAACCAAGAUACACUGCUACUUUCUGGAUCAGACUCGUGUUAUAGAACCGCUCAAAGGCGAGAAGAACUACCACAUAUUUUACCAGAUGCUUGCCGGGCUGUCGAGUGAAGAACGUACUAAACUUAACCUGGACGGUUUCUCCCCGUCUAAUCUGAGAUACCUGCAGAGUGGUGACACCAGACAGGAUAUGACUGAGGAUUCCAAUAGGUUCCAAGCGUGGAAGCAAUGCUUGGGCGUGUUGGGUAUUCCAUUCCUAGAUGUAGUGCGAGUAUUGGCGGCGGUGCUUCUAUUGGGAAACGUACAAUUUAAGGAUGGGAAAGGUUUAGAGGUGGAUGUUAAUGGUGAUGCUGAAUUGAACGCCGUUGCUGGUUUACUCGGCGUUUCGGGUGCUUCUCUCUUCAGGGGUUUGACAUAUCGCACACAUAAUGCUAGAGGUCAGCUGGUGAAAUCUGUGUGUGAUGCCAAUAUGUCCAAUAUGACUAGGGAUUGUCUUGCCAAGGCGUUGUACUGUCGAACUGUUGCAACCAUAGUUCGCAGAGCGAAUAGCCUAAAGAGAUUGGGUUCUACUUUGGGUACUUUGAGUUCAGAUUCAAAUGAAUCAGUGCAUAAUCAAGCUGAGGUGACCAGCCAACAUGCUUCAACUAUUGGUGGUUCGACCAAUGCUGGUAGUAAAUCAAUGGCUGCAUUGAACAAUGCGGUGCGUCAUGCAACAGAUGGUUUCAUUGGUAUUUUGGAUAUGUUUGGGUUUGAAGAUCCGCAACCCAGCCAGUUGGAGCAUUUGUGUAUUAAUCUUUGUGCUGAAACCAUGCAGCAUUUCUACAACACGCAUAUUUUCAAAUCAAGCAUUGAAUCAUGUCGAGAUGAAGGAAUAAGCUGCGAUGUUGAGGUUGACUAUGUUGAUAAUGUGCCUUGUAUUGAUUUGAUUUCAUCGUUAAGAACAGGUCUCCUCAGUAUGUUGGAUGUGGAAUGUUCUAUUCGCGGUACAGCUGAAUCCUAUGUGGCUAAAAUUAAAGUUCAACAUAAAAAUAAUACACGUUUAUUUGAGCCGAAAUCUGUUGAGCCGCGUCUGUUUGGCAUACAACAUUUUGCAGGAAGAGUGGUUUAUGACGCUUCGGAUUUCCUGGAUACCAAUAAAGAUGUGGUACCCGAUGAUUUGGUGGCAGUGUUUUACAAACACAACUGCAACUUUGGUUUUGCUACUCAUUUGUUCGGCAGCGAAUUAAAGGCGCUUUACUCGGUGGAUAAAGUGCCGCGCGGUGUGAGUUUCAGAAUCUCGCCGACGUCACACACCGAUUUGCUCAAUGGCGAUGAACCCGUUUCAACGCUGACACAAGACUUCCACACAAGACUUGAUAAUCUACUCCGUACUCUCGUGCACGCUCGACCUCAUUUCGUGCGUUGCAUUCGCAGUAAUUCGCAGGAGACACCCAAUCGCUUUGAUCGGGGCACAGUGGUGGCUCAAAUACGGUCGUUGCAAGUUUUGGAAACUGUGAAUUUGAUGGCUGGUGGUUAUCCACACAGGAUGCGUUUCAAAGCAUUUAACUCAAGAUAUAGAUUGCUGGCUCCUUUUACACGCCUGCAUCGAACCGAGGAGAAGUUUACUGAAGAUUGUCAUUUGAUACUUCAGUACGUGGUCGAUUUGAUUUCAAAACAUCAUAACCCAUCAGUAUCUACCAGUUGGGCUUUAGGAAAACGUCACGUAUUCCUCAGCGAAGGCAUUCGUCAACAUUUGGAAAAUUUACGCACUGACAAACGCCAAAAAUCGGCGACUCUAAUCCAAGCAACCUGGAGAGGUUGGCGAUGCCGUUACAGAUGGGCCAAUGUCCGUCGGGAGAAACCAGUGAUUAUUGCCAAUACUCCCAAGGCAAACGCAAAUAUAACCAACACUAAUACCAGCAAUCGUACAACGGGUGCAACAGCACGCCCACGUCCUCAACCCAUUGCGGGUACACCACCACCAGACCCGAAUGAAAAAUGCGAUCAGAAAAUCAUCCAACAAACGUGCAAUCUUUUCGGUUUAGAUUUAGAACGUCCACCGCCGGUACCACCAAGUCGCUCAUACACUGUCGCCGGAAAUACAAAACUGGGCUAUCCACAAACGCGCAUGAUGAAGAUGUCCUUCCCUGAAGAUGUCAACAGUGAAGGGCCGGUUCUUCUCAAAGGUGAGACCGUUCUCGUCGUGGGUGCUUCGCAUCGUCGUGGGCAUUUGGUCGUCGAGCACAAACAUCGCACACUACACGUGCCUUUCCAGUUCUUGGAGCUCAAGCAAGGCGUCAACAUCUAAGAACUCUGCCUCGCCGACAAACAGUAUUACCCAUGCGAAUAUCCUCGAAGUUAUCGAACCAUAAUUUGUUUAUACGAACGACUGCCAUAUCAUACUUAUUAACACGCGAAGGUGACAGCUAUACUGCCAUAUACUGCGGCCUGCAAUUUGUUGCCAAGUUUACGUUAAUAUAUUCGACUUUAGCUGCUAAGUUUCUGUACAAAUAUGCAUUAAUUAGUUUCUAGAACAGACACACCUAAAGUAUAUUUAAAAUUGAGAAUAUAUUUUUAUAGCCAUCUUUAGUUAAA